AUGAUUAGACUCGAUUGCAAGAGCCAACAGUACGCGUGGGGCAAGAAGGGUAGCGAGAGUGUUGUGGCCCAGCUCUUGUGCGCCGCCAGCCGAGCGGAUGAUGGAAAUGGAGGAAAUCCCUCCAUCAUCAAAGAAGAUCAGCCCUACGCCGAGUUCUGGAUGGGCACCCACCCCAACUGCCCCUCGCACCUCGCCAAGCUUGGCCAGGCCGACGAGGCUCAGUCGACCCUCGCUACUUGGUUGCAGCUCCAUCCAGAGGCGCUCGGCUCGGUCGUGCAGCAGCGGUGGCCCGUCGAAGAGUCGAAGGGGAAGAAGGACGAGGGACGUCAGCUGCCCUUCCUCUUCAAGGUGCUGAGCAUCAGCCAGGCCCUCUCCAUCCAGGCUCACCCCGACCGCAGCCUGGGGCGCAUCCUGCGCGACACCAAGCCGCAGCACUACCCCGACGACAACCACAAGCCCGAAAUGGCUUUGGCUGUGACGCCGUGCGAGGUUCUCUGCGGAUUCCGCACUGUGGCCCAGAUGGCGCUCCUCUUCCGCCACGCCCCCGAGUUCGCUCGCGUCGUUGGCCAGGAGCACGUCGACCAAUUCCUCGCCGAGCACGAGUACGGCAAGAAGAGCGACAAGGAGGUGGUGAAGCCGCUCUUCGACCGCCUCAUGCGCGCUGACCCCGCCAAGAUCGCCCAGGGCCUCACCGAGCUCCAGACUCGGCUCAGUCAGGGUCCAGGCAGUGAAGAUGACGUGGUGCAGAAGACGGAAGCCCUCGUGGUGCGGCUCAGCGAGCAGUUCCCCGGGGACGUGGGCUGCUUCGUGGCCUACUUCCUCAACCACCUCCACCUCGUGCCCGGGCAGGCCGUCUUCCUGGGUCCCAACGUGCCACACGCCUACAUCAAUGGUGACAUGGUCGAGUGCAUGGCCUCAUCGGACAACACUGUGCGGGCAGGCCUCACCCCCAAAUUCAAGGAUGUGGACACCUUGGUGGAGAUGCUCACCUACAAGUGCGGCGAGCCCGACUGGGUCCAUCCCACCGUCCGUGAUGGCGUCAGAGUGUACAGUCCGCCCGUGGAGGAGUUUGUGGUGUCGUCGGUGAGCCUCGGCAGUGACGGUGACGGUGCGGCGGUCCUGCCACCCUGCGACUCGUUUGGGCUGGUUCUGGUCUACGACGGCGAGGGAACGGUCGACGUCUUCUCCGCGGAGAACGCCGACAAGCAGCAGCUCCGCGUGGCCAAGGGCCAGGUCUACGGCCUCCCCGCGGGCCACGGCCUCUGCGUUGCCGGCCAUCUCACCCUCUUCAAGGCCAACGUCAACUGCGAGCGCGCUGAGACUCUUCGACGAAGCAGCGCCUCGGCCACGCCCGACGUAUCCUCCGCCCUGUGA